GGGAUGCCCUCUGAGGAUGCUCCAGGUGAAGCUCAUAGUAACUGGAGAUGAUUUCGGCUAUUGCCCUCGGAGGAACCAAGGCAUCGUGGAGUGUUUCCUGGCAGGAGCCGUGUCCAACGUGUCCCUUCUGGUCAACGGGAGCGCUGCGGCAGACGCGGCCCGGCUGGCGCGCAGACACAACAUCCCAAUAGGCCUGCACGCCAACCUCUCUGAGGGCUCUCCUGUCUGUGAAGUGCUCAAGACAAACUCCUCUCUGCUUAACCAGGAUGGAUUCUUUCAUGGGAAAAUGGGAUUCAGGACAGCUCUAUCAAAAGGUCUCCUGAAAAUGUCAGAGGUGAAGCAGGAGCUGAAGGCCCAAGUGGAGCUGUUCCGUGAGCUGACAGGCCACCUGCCUCCUCACAUGGAUGGUCACCAACAUGUUCACGUCCUACCUGAGGUCAGGUAUGUGUUUGCACAGGUGUUGGAAGAAUAUGGGAUCAAGUACACACGUGUUCCAGUAGAGCCAGGUCUUCGUAAGUGCGACUGGAUUGCACCAUCUCUCAUGGACUUCUAUCAGGGAGUAGAAGAAGAUUCCCUUAACACAGUGGAUGUGUUUACAAAGCAUGGAAUAAGGUGGCCCGACAUUUACAUCGGUUUGAGCACCAUGGGCAAGAACAUGUCUGUGGGCAACAUCGGCAGCGCCAUCGACGCGGCCGUCGGGGACUUCCUUGGCCAGGGGCCCCGGAGCGGCGGCGUCACCGUCUCCGUGGAGCUCAUGGUGCAUCCGGGCUACCCCAGCGCCCCCGACGCCGGCGGCUGCGGGGAGGGACCCGACGAUUUCUCCCAGUCCUGGGAGCGCCUGCACGAACUCCAGACCUUGAUGGAGCCGGAGCUGCAGCGCCACUACAAAACCAGGAACAUUCAGCUCUGUUCGUUCAAAGAUAUAUAA